AACCCCGUCGCUGCGCGCCAAAUCGCCCGCCGCCUUCACCGCUCUCUCUCUCCCCACCUCGCUUUCCCCGUUCCGUUCCGUUUCCAUUCCCUUCUCGCCGCGUACAGGCAAGGCCACGCGGGGGGGCGUAGUAGUAGGGAGGGGGAGGCGCCCGCCCCCCGGUUGCCUGCCUGCUUGCCUCCUCGAUGGCGGCGGCCUCGCUCGCGGUCGCGCACUUCGCCGGCGAGGCGACCCCGGCGCCGUCGGGGGCGGGGCGGAUGUGGCCCGGGAGGGUGGGGAUGCGGCGGCGGGGCCCGAUGCAGCGCCGGUGCGCCACGGGCGUCGUGCGGUGCGGCGGCGGGCCCGCCACGAGGAAGGACGGGGAUGUGGCGGAGGAUGGCGGGCUGGAGGACGGGGCGAGGUUCGUGGGGUGGUUCCGGGAGGCCUGGCCCUACGUGCGGGGACACCGGGGGAGCACCUUCGUCGUCGUCGUCUCCGGGGAGGUCGUUGCCGGGCCCCACCUCGACGGCAUUCUGCAGGAUAUUUCACUUCUUCAUGGUCUUGGGAUCAAAUUUGUUCUUGUUCCUGGAACACAUGUUCAGAUUGAUAAGCUCUUGGCUGAGAGAGGAAAGAAAGCCAAGUAUGCUGGUCGUUACCGUAUUACUGAUUCUGAUUCAUUAGAGGCUGCAAUGGAGGCAGCAGGCAGAAUACGCCUAACUAUCGAAGCAAAACUAUCCCCUGGUCCCCCAAUGUUGAAUCUUCGUCGGCAUGGUGUUAAUGGUCGUUGGCAUGAAAUAUGUGAUAACGUUGCAAGUGGAAACUUUCUUGGCGCUAAGAGACGGGGAGUUGUUGGUGGCAUUGAUUAUGGAUUCACUGGUGAAGUUAAGAAAAUAGAUGUUUCACGGAUAAAAGAAAGACUUGACAGAGAUAGCAUAGUUGUUGUGAGCAAUAUGGGAUAUUCCAGCUCUGGCGAGGUGUUGAAUUGCAACACAUAUGAAGUUGCUACAGCUUGUGCUUUAGCUAUCGAUGCAGACAAGCUUAUCUGCAUUGUUGAUGGUCAAAUAUUUGAUGAGCAUGGUCGAGUCAAUCGUUUCAUGUCUAUUGAAGAAGCAGACAUGUUGAUCAGAACACGUGCUAAACAGAGUGAGAUUGCUGCAAAUUAUGUCAAGGUUGUAGGUGAGGAGGAUAUUGGUCAUGCACGCAAUCUUCCUAUCAAAGAGGAGAAAGAACUAGGAUUGAUUGGAAGGGACUAUGUUGAUGGGUAUACUGCAUCUUUCCGGAAUGGUGUGGGUUUCAAUAAUGGAAAUGGUCUGUCUGGUGAGCAAGGGUUUGCAAUCGGUGGGGAAGAGCGGCUGAGCAGGUCAAACGGUUACCUUUCAGAGUUGGCAGCAGCAGCAUAUGUAUGCAAUGGUGGCGUUCAAAGGGUUCACAUUAUAGAUGGCACUGUUGGUGGAUCAUUAUUGUUGGAAUUAUUCACAAGAGAUGGUGUUGGAACGAUGAUAGCUAGAGACAUGUAUGAAGGAACAAGGAUGGCUAGAGAGGAAGAUCUUUCUGGUAUUAGAAAAAUCAUCCGACCCCUAGAAGAUUCUGGUGUCCUAGUACGGCGAACAGAUAAAGAGCUUCUAGAAUCAUUGAAGUCAUUUAUCGUCGUGGAAAGAGAUGGUUCAAUCAUUGCAUGUGCUGCUCUCUUUCCAUUUCUUGAGGAUAAAUCUGGGGAAGUUGCUGCUAUUGCUGUAUCUGAAGAAUGUCGAGGACAGGGUCAAGGGGACAAAUUACUUGAUUACAUCGAGAAGAAGGCAUUGUCUCUUGGUCUUGAGAAAAUAUUCUUACUCACCACACGAACAGCAGACUGGUUUGUUCGGCGUGGCUUCAAGGAGUGUUCAAUCGAGUCCCUGCCUGCGCAGAGGAGAAAACGGAUCGACCUUUCACGUGGAUCGAAAUACUACAUGAAGCGGCUCCGGGUGGUAGAGAUCGGACAGGUGGCUCUCAACAAUUUUGCUGUCAGAUGAUACUGCAUGCAGUCUCGGUGGGUGUUGUUCGUGAGGUUUCCUACGAUUUACCUCGAGAGCCAUUGUACAGUGUAGAAUUGCGUAUGGUAUAUAUAUAUAUAUAUAUAUAUGUGAGUAGUCUAUCACCAAAGUGGCGCUGCCUCGGUUGGUGCAAUUGCAACCCAAGCAACUUCCGCAGCCCGUGUGCUCUUUCUGCAGUCAUGUUGAGAUGCAACGUGCGGCCCGUUCAGUUGAACCCCAGAUUUUCUCGGGAA